GGGGGGGGGGGGGGACAGUCUGCGGUCAGCUGGAGUAGAGAUUGCCUCAGGCUUGGUGGUUGGAGAAGGAAUAGUGCUCCUUUACUGUAUCAGUCGGGAAGGGGGGGGGGAUAUAGUACCUUAUCAUUGGUGUCAGUGGGAGGCAUAGUGCCACAUCGUUGGUUUCAUUGGGUGGAAAAGUGUCCCACCCUUGGUGUUAGUGGGGGGAAUAGUGCCCCAUCAUUGUUGUCAGUUGAAGGAAUAGUGCCCCAUCACUGGGUUCCAUGCAAGGAAUAGUGCCCCAUCAUUGGUAUCCAAUCCAUGGGAGGAAUAGUUCCCUAUUGUUGGUGUCACUGGAAGGAAUAGUUCCCCAUUGUUUGUGUUUUUGGAAGGAAUAGUGCCCCAUCAUUGGUAUCAGUGGGAGGAAUAGUGCCCCAUCAUUGGCAUCAGUGGGAGGAAUAGUGCCCCAUCAUUGGCAUCAGUGGGAGGAAUAGUGCCCCAUCAUUGGCAUCAGUGGGAGGAAUAGUGCCCCAUCAUUGGCAUCAGUGGGAGGAAUAGUGCCCCAUCAUUGGUAUCCUUGGGAGGAAUAGUUCCCUGUUGUUGGUGUCUUUGGAAGGAAUAGCGCCCCAUCAUUGGCAUCAGUGGGAGGAAAGUGCCUCAUCAUUGGUAUCCUUGGGAGGAAUAG